AUGUUUCGCAAGGUGACGAGAGUGCAGCUGUCGCAGCUGUUGCGUCGCUGGCAGAGUACGCACGCGGCCGAAACGGCCCGGCCUCGCUCGGGCAACUCUCUGAUGAGCCUUGUGCACGACGACACCGCCACGCUGUCGCAGUUCUUCGAGCGGGUCGAGCGCUCCGUCUCGAAGCUAUCCGACACCCGCCUCGACAGAACGCUGCCGCUGGGCCAUCUUCUGAUGACCAAGCUGCAGACGCUGAACAAGGACAACACCGUGGUCAACGACUCUGUGCUGUUCAGCCGGUUUGUGGACAUUCUCGGCGAAAACAAGCUCCUGCACGUUUCGCACGCCGACCGUGCUGUGCGCCGGCUUCUGGUGGAGUCCAAGUACGACAAGGCGUUGGAUCUGUGGCAGCGUUUGCUGGAGAAGCUGAAGGAGGUGCCCGACGGCUUCAAGGAGACCCGGGACGCCAGGUUCACGUCGGAGGCCGUUUUCCGCAUGACAGGCGUUGUUGCGUACGUGCUCAAGACUUUGGGCGACAAUGCGGCCCCGGACGCCGCUGUGCUCGACUCGGUGGCCGGCGGCGUCAAGCUGAGCCCGCGGCUCGUGGACAUCGUGCUGCAGCCGCUGGAACUGGACGAUGCUACCACGGAGAAGGUGAAGAGAGCGAUCAACGGCCAUUUUUUCAAGCCGGACCCCAACAGUCCAGCGCUGCUGAACGCGGCGUUUGUGGCCGCCACAGAGGGCAAAUUCGACCGCGUGGAGCUGACCGUCCGCAAGCUGUACACGGCCAGGGAAAAGAGCCAGGAACCGUUUUCGGAGCACACCUAUGCCAGGCUCAUGGAGCUGUGCGCCAUGACGGGCAAGUACCAGCAGGCGCAGCAGCUGUGGGCGGAGCUGACCAACGCGGGCGUCAAGCCGACCGUCCAGACGUGGAACCAGCUGCUCAACGUGCACGCCAAGUCGGACGCGCCGCAGAAACUGCUCAGAAUCGAGAGCGUGUACAAGCUGCUUAGGGAGAGCGUCCAGCCGAACGCACAGACCGUGGGCAUCAUGAUUUACGGGUAUCUGGGCUGCCGGGAGCUGAAGAAGGCGCUGGACUUCUACCGGGCGCAGAAAGACACCGCGUCGGCGCAGGAGGUGUGGGAUAUCAGAAACACGCUGCUGCGCGGCCUUGUGCAGAACGACUACGUUGCCGAGGCAGAGAAGUUCUACAACGUGUUCCGCGCAGAGGCCAGCGCGCAGAACGUGGCGUUCGAGCCGGACAUCCGGUUCUACAACUCGCUGUUGCGGCAUCUGUUUGCCAAAGACGACGUCGACAAGGCGCUGGCUACCAUGGACGAGAUCCUCGCCUCGGACACCCUUGCACCAGACGUCGCCACGUACACGACGAUCAUCGACGUGCUGGGCAUGAAGGCGAGCCGGACGGGCGUGCCGGUGGAGCUGGAGAUCCAGAAGCUGAUCGACGCGAUGAUGUCCAGCAAGAUCAAGCCGAGCGUGCGCACCACGGGCGCUCUGGUCAAGAUGCUUGCUGCCAAGCCGGAGACGAUCGCGAUCGCGGAGCAGCUGGUGGAGCAGCUGAGGAAGGACAAGCUCAGGGUCUCUGACGUUAUUUACAGCACCAUGGUCGGUGCCGAGAGCAGCCAGGGGAACGUUUCCAAGGCUUUGGAGUAUUUCUACGCAGCGUUGGAGGCCGGUGUGCCGCUGACGACGCAGUUCUACAACUCGAUCUUCCGGGGCUUCAGCAUCAGUCCGGACGUGCGCGGACUGCGCCGCUUUUUCGAGUUUGUGCAGCUGAACGCGACCCAGAAACCAAACUUCUACACUUUCUACUACAUGCUGCGUGCGGCCGCUGUUCAGGACGACCACGUCCUGGCGCAGUAUGUGAUCGACGAGCUGGCCGAGGCUGAGUUGCAGGACCUCGGCACGCGGCUGCCGCAGAUGCUCGAGCGGUACAAGAAGGCAGGGCUGGACGUUCCGGCCCAUCUGCUCGAGCCUCCCGCAGAGCACUAG